AUGGUGGUUCUCUUCUUGGUCGUUUUGUUGCUGCUGGUGCUGUUGGAUGCUGGAAAGAGUGGGGUAGAGAUAAGGCACUGGGAUCGAUACCAGCUACUGUUGUUUAUACAGAAGAGUAAGGGAGGAGACAGAAAGGAGACAGAAAGGAGACAGAAAGGAGACAGGAAGGAGACAGAAAGGAGACAGAGAGGAGACAGAAAGGAGACAGAAAGGAGACAGAAAGGAGACAGAAAGGAGACAGAAAGGAGACAGAAAGGAGACAGAAAGGAGACAGAGGAGACGGAGGAGAUAAGGCACUGGGAUCGAUCCCAGCUACUGUUGUUUAUACAGAAGAGUAAAGGAGGAGACAGAGAGGAGACAGAAAGGAGACAGAGAAGAGACAGAGAAGAGACAGAGGAGACAGAUGAGGAGAUAAGGCACUGGGAUCGAUCCCAGCUACUGUUGUUUAUACAGAAGAGUAAAAGAAAAAACAGAAAAAAAGAAAAGAGAAAGGAGACAGAGAGGAGACAGAGGAGACAGAGGAGACAAGGCCCUGGGAUCGAUCCCAGCUACUGUUGUUUAUACAGAAGAGUGAGGGAGGAGACAGAGAGGAGACAGAGAAGAGACAGAGGAGAGAAGAGAGAGACGAGAAAGAGGAGACAGAAGAGAGAGGAGACAGAAGAGAGAGGAGACAGAAGAGACAGGGCUCUGGGAUCGAUCCCAGCUGUUGUUGUAUAUGAAGAACAACGCUAA